AAAGUUUCUUGCUCGUCGUUUUGUGCCCUUUUCUGGCAUUAUUUCCAUUCCCCCUUGACAAAAUUUACAUAAACAGAACUUGGAAUCACCUCUUCUUUUUACCCUUUUUUUUUUCUUUCUAGUCAUACAACUUCAAAUAUCAAAGGGGAUAUCAAAUAUGAAGCCCCACCCUACUUCAUUUUCAACUCCCUUUUCUCUCUCCCUCUGAUCACUCUUCAUCAUCGUCGUCGUCAAUAAUCUGUCCAAGAGAAUCUAGGGUUUCCAAGAUUUGAUGUUUCAGCUGUUUUAGACAAAACGCAGUGGCUUUGAUUGCAUUCAUGGUUCUGCCUUUCAGCCAAUAAAAUGGCAAAGUUUUGAACUUUCUAACACCAUCUUCAAAUGGCGACUGAAAGCCCAAUUCGAAUAAUUGAAGCAAGUGGGAAAUGGCUUGCGAAACCAUCUACAAAUAUGGGCGUUGAGGAUUUGGGGUUGGUUUUAAAGGGCCAAAGAUUUCAAGAAAGAAAGAGUAAUGUAGCUCCAAAUCGAAGCGGAAGUGCACCACCAAGCAUGGAAGGUUCAUUUGCAGCCUUUGAGAACCUCAUUUUUAGGCAAAACUUUGCGGCAGAUGCUAGUUUAGCAAGUGGAAACAACGCUAGUGAUACGUGUGAGUCGGAAGAGCAGCUUCGUGCUGACCCAUCGUAUUUUGCAUAUUACUGGACCCAUGUAAAUUUAAAUCCGAGGCUCCCUCCACCAUUGAUUUCGGGCGAAAACAGAAAUCUCUUCCGCAAUGUACGAAGUAGUGGAAGUAAUCGGAAAUUGACAUCUUUUGAUGAUUCUUUCAGCAGCUCUUUUCAUCUGGAUCACAGUAAUCUUGCUACUCAUAAGGAAGAGUCUGAUGAUGAUAGAUCAUCGAAACAGGAAGAUCUUCCUCGAGUUCAUUCACCUGCAUAUAAUCAGUCUAGCCCGUUCAAACUCGAAUCGAAUGAGGAAGCAGAUAAUCAUGAUGACUCCAACUGUACAACUGCCAAUGUUUCAAGUUCAUCAUCUAUAGAUGGUAGACGGGCCAAUAUGUCGAUUAAGCCACCCGUGAACAAAAAUGGUCAUUCAGAUGAGGAUGUUUCAAUUAGUGGUGUUGCUGAUUCUGACAUUUCCGGUUUAAGAAACAGAAUAGUUGCUCUUAAUAUGUCCAACAUUUCAAAAUUAGAAAGCGAAAGAACCCAAAGGGAGCGGCAGCAAGAACACGUAUAUAGACAACCAAGAAACGCGUUUCAUGUUCAGAAUUACCACCCGCAAAAUGGCAUGAAUUCGUUUCUUCAAAAUCCAACCAAUUUCUCUUCUGAGGUACAACCGAUACUUCAGUCCUCUGGAUUCACCCCACCACCUUAUGCAACCGAUGCCGCCUAUAUGCCACCUGGGAACCACCCUGUGUACCCAAAUAUGAUGCCAACUGGAUACUUUCCUCAACAAUACACUAUCGGUGGAUAUGCUUUCAACCCGUCACCUUUUUCACCAUAUGCAGCUGGAUAUCUUUCUAAUACUCCUGUCCCGAGCUUUAGUGGUCAAAGUCAAACUUCUGGACUCAAUUUGCAACAUUUUAACAAUUUCUACGGACACCUCGGGUUACCCAUUCAACCUCUGUUUUCAGAAGAGCCAAAACCACAGUCUUUGGGAGCUGUGGGCCAUAUUAACUUGAACUCAAGAAGGGUGCAUAAUCCUAGCCCUUACUAUUUUGGGAGCCCAACAAAUAUGGAUUUCUUGCAAUUUCCGACUUCGCCCUUUGCUAGUCCAGUAAUGCCAGGAUCACCAAUUGGUGGGGCCGGUUACACUGGUAGGAGAAACGAAGGUGUGUAUGGUGGAUGGAAGAUUCAUACAGGAAAUCAGGUUAUAGAUGAUCCGAAAACAUAUUCUUUUCUUGAAGAGUUGAAAACUGGUAAAGGUUGCAGGUUAGAGCUAUUAGACAUUUCGGGACAUAUUGUUGAAUUCAGUAUUGAUCAACAUGGAAGUCGAUUCAUUCAACAGAAGUUGGAAGUUUGUAGCAAUGAGGAGAAGGAAUCUGUGUUUAAAGAAGUUCUUCCUCAUGCUUCGAGACUAAUGAUCGAUGUUUUUGGUAACUACGUUAUUCAAAAGUUUUUUGAGUAUGGAAGUGCCGAGCAGAGGAGGGAACUCGGGAACCAGCUUGAAGGUCAAAUAUUGCCUUUAAGUCUGCAGAUGUACGGUUGCCGUGUAAUCCAAAAGGCCCUUGAUGCUAUCGAGCUAGAACAAAAAACAAAGCUUGUCGGUGAACUGGAUGGACAUGUUUUACAGUGCGUUCGUGACCAAAACGGGAAUCAUGUAAUACAGAAGUGUAUCGAGAGUAUUCCAACCGAGAAAAUAAAGUUUGUGAUAUCUUCUUUUCGUGGUCAAGUUGCAGCCUUGUCAAAACAUCCGUAUGGUUGCCGUGUGAUACAGAGGGUACUAGAACAUUCUACGGACGAACUACACAGCCAAUUUAUAGUUGACGAGAUUUUGGACUCUGUUUAUGAUCUUGCACAAGAUCAGUAUGGUAAUUAUGUAACGCAGUAUGUAUUGGAGGGGGGGAAACCCGAAGAAAGAAGCCAAAUCGUACACAAGUUGGCAGGCCAUAUAGUACAACUAAGCCAACACAAAUUUGCAUCGAAUGUUAUUGAAAAAUGUUUGGAAUAUAGCGACCCAUUCGCAAAGGAAAUCAUGAUCGAAGAGAUUAUUGGAUGUGCUGAUGGCAGCGAUAACUUAUUGGUUAUGGUGAAGGACCAAUUUGCAAAUUAUGUGGUCCAAAAGGUUCUUCAAACAUGUAGCGGCCACCAACGAGAAGUGUUACUUGGCCGUAUAAAGAUUCAUCUCAAUUCGUUGAAGAAAUAUACUUACGGGAAACAUAUUGUCGCUCGCUUUGAACAACUGUACGGUGAAGAAUUUGAAGCGUCAGGGUUAUAACUUGCACCUGAUCGAUGAUCACGAUCUGCAAGAUUAUCCAUGGAAGUGUUUCGUCGUCGGCAUAUUGAUCCUGAAGAACCGAAGAGAUAUAUUUCAAACGGGUAAACUAUGAAAGUUGGUUUACGAACGAACGUCUGAAGCAGCAGUGGGUAGGGUUUUAGAGUUGGUUAGAUUUGCAAUGUUGUUGGGUUUGAUGCUUAAUAAGGGGGAUUAUUCAGAAUAGAGAUCCUUCUUAAUGCUGUAAAUAGCUGAAUUACAUGUUUAAGUUAAGUGUGUGGUUGUUCAACUAUUCUUUAGAAAUUACCAAAAGAAGGGUGUCUGUGUGC